AACUACCCAACAAGCAAAAUCAGUACUUUAAACGUUCUUUAAGAGCAUUUUAUUUUCACUUAUAAGAAUCUUGUAGCAUGCUACAAAGUUGAAUUUGGGCGCAGUUAUACGAGCAUUUAGUUCUAUAACUAUCUUAUAAUCAUCUUAUACAAUGUUAUUAAGCCUUAUAAUAUACUUGACGAAGCUCAAUAGCGCCUUUAAUGAUAUGAGACUAAACAAUUACAAGUGCAAACACUCUUGUUAGUAUCUGACGUAAGUAUUUUAUUAGAGCAAUCUUGUUUAUAAAGCACUUGUAAUGGUCUUAGAAAAUAGUUUUAAGUAUAUUUUAAUACAAGUUAUUUUCGUUGUUGCUUUGACUGGUCGUGCCGGAUUUUUUGUGUUACCACGCACGUAAAAACGAUUUAAUCAACAAGAUGGUGGUCAUUUUUGAUGUUGACUGUUUUUUGACCAAAUCGUCAUUGAUUUUACUAAAUCAUGUGAGAUGGCCUUGGACAAACACACAUUUUGUGUUAUCCGAAAGCUGCAAUGGGUUCAAAAUGCCAUUUAAAAUUGUUCAGACCAUUGAAAAGGGUAACAUUGUAUUGACAUGUGUACCACAUCAAUGGGAGAGCGAUGGAGUUUUGUAUUGGCCCAGAAAACAAACCCAGUCACAGACGAGUAAGUUACAAAAGGAUGAAGGUAGUUGGCCCGAUGAAUCUUGGGAAAAAAUAAACUGUGCGGUAAAAAGGCGGAGCAUAAAAACGUAUCAAAAUGCAAUACAUGAAAUUGAUAUAAUGAGCAAUAAUUCAGACACAGAACCUGACAUAGAAUACGUCUCAUCAAAAAAACAGCGCAAUUGCUCUGAUCUUCCACAGCUGUCAUAUGAUAAUAUGGCAGAAGAAAUUUUAAAGAAUAAUGAGCAUAAUGCUUCUUCAGCAAUAAUACCUGAAGAUGGAGAACAAAUAAUGGUGACUAAUUACGAAAUCACGACACCGAAAGAGUCAACUCCAUCUGAAACACCGUUGAGCGCGCCGCAAGAAAAUAUUGAAAAAUACAUUGUUAUUCCUGAAAGUAAUCAGUCGGACACACCUAUAAUAUACUCGUACAUUAAUAAAGAAACAAGUUUAUCAGAAGAACAAUGCGAAUUAAAAUCCAUGAAAAUAGAUAUCACCACUAUUAAAAGUGACCUAAAAUCCAUAAAUGACGAUAUGAAGACUAUAAUGGGGACCCUAAACACAACACUAAAUAAUCAAGCCGUAUUACACGAAACACUGAAAUCGAUUUUAUUACAAGUGACUGAAAUACAAGUUACGAACGAAGAAUUCAUUAAAAAAUCUAUUACAGAAAAACAAAACCAUUCGUUGAUGUUAAAACCAAUACAAGAUUUAAAAGAUUUAGAAGAGUUUGAAAAUAAAUUGAUGGAUUCUGAUUAUAGAGAAGAUUUACUAAGAAAGUUUAGUGUGUUUGGCACUAAAGGGACAGGGAAGGGAAUCACAAGAGCAUAUACAAUUAUUGAUAUUUUGUUUGAAAGAAAGUUUUUCAAAUCGUGUUCGUGGACUGGAGCUUCACGUUCCCAAAAUGAAACAACAGAAAAAAUCUGCUUAAAAGGUUUCUCUAAGAUGAUUGGUUUCUUUUUUGAAGUUAUUUAUAAACAAGACUCGUCGUUCCAUUUAACUGACUGUCAUAAUUUUUUUAAAACAAUUUUGCGAAAUGCCGAUCAGCGGGCCAAAUCGAAGCAAUUACGAACUUCCGCAAGUAAAUGCAGAGGAAAAAAUAGCGCCAAAAGGACUUCUUCUGAAAAUCCUACAUCUACACCACAAACCACUGGUAACCAAUUAGAAGUUGAAGAUGUUACAGAGGAAAUUUUGUCUGAAACUAUUUGAUCUAAUUUUUAUUUGACUAAGUGACUUUUGCAUCAAUAUUAAUUAUAACACGAGAGACAUUAGACUACCCCAAUCUGUCUUUGACAGUUUGGGAUAGUCUGACGUGCUGUCGUCACUCAAAUACAAAUAGAUCAAUAUCCCUAGUAACUAAAUCAAAUCAUUUCAGACAAAAAUUUAGUCUGAUCUGAUUUGCUGAAAUUAUCUUCUAAGUUGUGUAGUUUUAGUAAAUUUUACCAGACUGCGACGAUGCUCAAAAUUAGGGUUAUAUAUUUGACCUGAAUUAAAGAAUAUAAUCUUAUAUUAUAUUAUAAAAAAUAUUUCAAUUUAAAUUUGCCAUAAAGAUGAUUACAUGAUCUUAAUGGCGAAGUUAAAUUGAUAUAUUUUGUUUAACUCGUAAAGUUUUAUUAGUUAUAAGAUUUAUUAGUACAAGGAAGCUAAGAUAAAUUUAAAAUUGUUGCCAGCACAUUAAGCAACCCCAAAAAAUCUGACAAAUUUCUUUAAAUGACUUUCAACUUUAUUACACAUAAAACAUUCAUAAUAUAAUAAUGUGCUUAUAUGUUAUGGAUUACGUUCAAUUUUGAAAAUUUGUCAGAUUUUUGAGAUAGGUUGAUGUGCUGGCCGCCGUACAAAGAAGCUUAAAAAUUAAGUUUGUUGAGACUAGUUAUAAGGACUACAAUAGAUGAUUAUAAGAUUGAUUAAAAAGAAAAAAGAAGAGGCCCAUACCCAGACAUAGGUAAUGUCAGGCUAAAAUGACGAUGAUGAUGAGUGAUUAUUUUAUUAGUCAAACUGAUUAUGAAGACUACAAUAGAUUAUUAUAUGACUGAUUAUGAAGAUGACAAAGAUUAUAAGACUGAUUAUAACGAUUAUAAGACUGAUUAUGAAACUGAUUAUAAAGAUUAUAAGACUGAUUAUAAAGAUUGUAAGACUAAUGUUUAAUUUUGAAUAAAACAUAAUUGUUAUAAA